AUGCGUCUCUCUGCUACGGCUGCCGCCGCUCUCGGUGCUGUUGCCAUAGUUAGCGCUCAACUAUCCAGCAUCCCACAAUGCUCUCUUAACUGUCUCACUACUGCUCUAGGUGCAGACGGCUGCUCGGAGCUGACGGAUUUCGCGUGCCAUUGCCAAAAGACGGGCCUUGUGGCACAGGUUGUGCCCUGCGUCCAACAAGCCUGCGAUGUUGCAGACCAGCAAGCCGUUUCCAACAUCGUCGUAUCUUUAUGCUCUGGUGCCGGUCACCCGGUCUCUGUUCCCCCAGUAGAGUCAACGGGUCCUACGUCGACUGCCACGGGACGUGUUCCGAUCACAUCGAGUAGCUCCAAUUCUACUUCCGUCAGUGGCUUGGGCGGAAGCCCUCAGACUUCUUCUACGGCCUCCGUGACUUCGACCGUGGGUUCCACGACUUCUACCAAGGUCGCCACCGCGUCGCCUUCGGCAACCUCCCAGUUCAACGGGGCCGCUGGUAUUGGAUCCGGGAUUGCUUAUGUGGCCGGUACUGCUUUCCUGUGUGCCAGCAUGAUGUUCCUUUUGUGA